AUGGACGAAAAUGAGGAAUACAACAGAGAAGCCAGCCACGGAAUUUCGUUUCAAACACAACCUCUAUCAACACAGCAGGUGUCUUCAAUUCAUCAGUCAUUACCACCAACGGCUCCAACACAUACCGAGGUCAAGCAAGAGCCUGUAGAUGAGGAAGAUCAUGAUACCAUCGACAUAGAGGAACAUCCAAUAGAAACCUUGAAAGUGGAAAUGGACGAAAAUGAGGAAUACAACAGAGAAGCCAGCCACGGAAUUUCGUUUCAAACACAACCUCUAUCAACACAAUUUGUGGAGUGUGGGGAGGCCGAGUCGGUGUCAAACUCGUGA